CGCCCCUGGCCCCCUCGCCUGCCAUGGCCCCCUCACCUCUCCCCUGGCUGCUGCGCCUGGCCGCCCUCUGCCAUCUGACUGUGCUGCUGGACGGACAACACCUCGGUGUGAAGAAAUGCAGCAUCAUAUGCAACAGGAUGACCUCGGAGAUCCCCUCGGAGCUGCUGAUCAAUUAUCGGCGAAGCCAAGAAUCCUGCGGCAAGCGUGCCAUCAUCCUGGAGACCAAGAAGCACAAGCUCCUGUGCGCUGACCCCACCGAGAGAUGGGUCCAGAGAGCCAUGGAGCGCCUAGACCGCCAGGCCGCCGCCCGCACGCCCAAUGGCGGCACGUUCGAGAAGCAGAUUGGCAUCGGGCAGCCGGGGACCACCCUGGCCGCCAGGGCCACGCACGGGUCGGCAGCCGCAGAGCCCAAAGGCCCAGGGGAUGACCGUGGUCAAGAGGGACACGUGGGCACCUCCCCACCACUGCCGACAAGAGCAGCUGCUCCCUGGGAGACCAGGCCCCCCUCUGCGGCCCAGGGUCCAGAUGGAGGCGCAGUUACUGGGCCUGCUAGAACCCAGCUCCCCGGCGCCGCCGCCCUCACCACCACAGCGGCCGCCUGGCACAGCUCUGCCGCCUCCCAGCCAGGACCUGAGGUCUGGGCCGAGGGCAAAACCCCCGCUCCCCAAGCCACCCCGACCCAGAGCCCCCCUCCCCAGCUGCCCACGACCGCCCACACAGCCCCAGAGGACAUCCUGGGGCCAACCGGCCAGACAGCGGGGGCCCAGGACCCCUUGCCGGAAGGUUCCCUAGGGCCCCCGGAGGCGGGUCCCGUCUCGGCUCACCCUGACGCAUUCCUGGGGCCUGGUGGCAUACCCCACGUCUCGGCAGUCCCCAUCUCCUCCGAGUGGGACCCCAGUCGGGAGCCCGUGGCCUCGGGCAGCUGGGCCCCCAAGGUUGAGGAGCCUGUCCACGCCACGGUGGACCCCCAGCGGCUGGGCGUGCUCAUGACGCCCGUCCCUGACUCCCAGGUGGCCACCCGCAGGCAGGCCGUGGGGCUGCUGGCCUUCCUGGGGCUGCUCUUCUGCGUGGGCGUGGCCAUGUUCGCCUACCAGAGCCUGCAGGGCUGCCCCCGCAAGGUGGCCGGGGACGUGGUCGAGGGGCUCCGCUACGUGCCCCGGAGCUGCGGGAGCAACUCCUAUGUGCUGGUGCCCGUGUGAGGCCCCACGGC